UUCUAUCAUCUGUGGUAUAAAUCCUUAGAACUGUACAUGGCAGGAAGAUAAUGAAAGUUACUGUUUGGUGGUAAUUACAGAGGAGGCGUGAAUAUCAUCAUGUUGGGCCUGUUUCUUCUGUUUGAACUGCUGAGACUGAGCAUUGCAGAGGAAACAUUUUGUUGGCUAGUGGCUGAUAAUGCGGAAAGUGUCACUUGCAAAGGGGAGAAUAUUACGGAAAUUCCUAACAACUUAUCAGUCAACAUCACGAAACUACACCUAAGCAACACAAGGAUUGGAUUCAUUCCGGCGCGAGCAUUUGAGAGAUACAAGAAAAUACGAGAACUCCAUAUACGGAACUUCACUGAGUUGGAGACGAUUACACCAGGAGCUUUCAAAGGAAUGUCGGAAUUGAGAAUAUUGUGA